GCUCACUGGCAGAGGAAAUAUCUUGGGCUCAGUGUUUGUGUCUUAGGAAGUUCAGCAGAGCAUUGGGAGGAAUUAUUUAUGCCCGACUGAAACCUAUUUAAGACACACCUGCAGAGGAUAAUACGCCAGUAUCAGGCCAGAUUUAAUCCCUCAGAAUACUUUUGUGACUGAAACUAAUGAUGGAAUUCAUGGUUGAUCAGGUGCAAUUUGAAACAAGUCAUCAUGUCAUCACCAACUCCUUCGCAGAGCGAUACGGUUACCACGGCAUCCACUGCCUCCAACUCGUCCGACAGCGAGAUGGAAAAUGCCAAUGGGCCUAAUACCCGCUGUUCAAUUUGCCAAGAAACAUACACAAUACCCAAAGUUCUUAGCUGUUUUCAUACUUUUUGUCAACCCUGUCUCGAGAAACUUCAAGAAGUUGCAGACAAAAUCAGCUGUCCUGAGUGCCAUCAAGACACAUUCCUAGGGGGUCAAGGCCUGACCGGUCUGCUUCCUGACUACGCUGUCAGCAACCUACUGGAAACCAACGCAUUAGAUACAAGUGCCUUACACUGUACAGGCUGCAAAAGCAAAGAAACCAACGCUGUAGCAAGGUGCUUUGAUUGUGCAAAUUUCUUGUGUGCCAACUGCGUCAUGGCUCACCAGUUCAUGCACUGUUUUGAAGGACACAGGGUAGCGAGUCUGAGCGAGAUUCAAGGCAAUAAAGAUGAAAAUGGCAGUGGCAAGUCUGAGAAACCCAUCUACUGUCCCAGGCACAAGACUGAUGUCUUGAAGUUUUUCUGCAAAACCUGUGUACAGCCCAUCUGCAAGGAGUGCACAGUUUUUGACCAUGGAAGGGGACAUGAUUGCUCGUUCAUCAUGGACAUUGGAGAAAAACAAAUGGAUGUCUUGCAGAGAAUGGAAGAAGAUGCAAAAAAUAAAGUCAACGAACUUCGUGUUUCUGCCAAAGGGAUUGAACACAUUUCUAGUCGCCUGCAGGUCCAAUACCAUAAAGCUCAGAAUGACAUCAAUGACACCUACAAUUUCUACCGAGCAAUGCUGGAGGAGAGAAAACAAGAAUCUCUGAAGGAGCUUGAUCAAGUCUUCAACACAAAGCAAGUUGCCAUCAGUUCCUUGGCACAAAAGAUCCAGGAAAACAUCGAUCGCCUUUUCCAAGGGUGUGAAUUUGUUGACAAGGUUGUCAAAUAUGCUAGCAUCACAGAAGCAUUGAUGUUCAAGAACCUGGUGGAACAACGUUUUCAGAACAUGUUCAACUUCUGUCCAGACAUCAACAACCAGAUGUAUUUUGAUAUCGAGUUCGUAUCCAACUUCCAAGCCAUUACCACUGGUGUACGCAACACUUUUGGAUAUAUCCGUGAAGCUGAAGAUAUCAUUCCUCCAGUGCAGAAACCGCCGCCCAUUGCCAGACCUAAUGGUGUUAUUACCACCUCCUCUUCCUCCACUUCAUCUUCACCACCUCUUACCAAUGGUCAUAGUGGUAUUUUCGAGACACCAAUGCUGUCCAAAGAUUUUGGUGGUUCUCAGAAUAGUCUCAUUUUUCCACCAGCAGACACCAAUAUGUACGAAAAAUGGUCCAAUGGUAUGGACAUUUUCCAGAAUGGCAUUGAUGUCUUUUCCACCAGUGCUGAUCCACUCUUCGACAUAUCAAGUAAGCUCAAUCUUACGAGUCUUUAUCCACCAAAGUCGCAGCUAAAGAGACAGAAGAUGAUCUACCACUGCAAGUUUGGAGAGUUUGGAGUGAUGGAGGGCCAGUUCACAGAGCCCAGUGGAGUAGCUGUCAAUGCUCAGAAUGACAUCAUCGUCGCAGACACCAACAAUCACAGAAUUCAGAUCUUUGACAAAGAAGGAAGAUUCAAGUUUCAGUUUGGAGAAUGUGGCAAGAGAGAUGGUCAGCUGCUUUAUCCAAACAGAGUUGCUGUUGUAAAAGCAUCAGGUGACAUCAUUGUCACAGAGCGAAGUCCAACUCACCAAAUCCAAAUCUACAACCAGUAUGGCCAGUUCGUUCGCAAAUUUGGUGCCAACAUUCUCCAGCAUCCAAGAGGAGUGACCGUCGACAACAAGGGGAGAAUCGUCAUCGUAGAAUGCAAAGUUAUGCGAGUCAUCAUUUUUGAUCAGUUUGGGAAUGUCAUCCACAAGUUUGGUUGCUCCAAGCAUCUUGAAUUUCCAAAUGGUGUGGUUGUAAACGACAAGGAGGAAAUCUUCAUUAGCGACAAUCGAGCUCACUGUGUCAAGGUCUUUAACUACCAAGGAGUCUUUUUGCGGCAGAUUGGAGGAGAAGGUAUCACCAACUAUCCGAUUGGCGUUGGCAUCAACAGCGCUGGAGAGAUUCUGGUGGCAGACAACCACAACAACUUCAAUCUCACGAUUUUCACUCAAGACGGCCAGCUCAUCAACGCCCUUGAAAGCAAGGUGAAGCAUGCACAAUGUUUCGAUGUGUCCCUGAUGGAUGAUGGUUCUGUCGUUCUAGCAAGCAAGGACUAUCGUCUCUACAUCUACAGGUAUGCACAGAUCCCUGGCAUUCCCAUGUAAAAACCAAGCAGUUGCUGGUUGAAUGUGAAGAAAAUGAAAGUGUCCAAAAGCAACUUACAAGGUAGUGUUGCUUUAGAUAUGACUGGAAUGAAAUUCCAUUUUUAUGUAUUAAUUACUCAAAUGUUCAUUUUCUAGUCAACAUUUGAAAAAAAAAAAUGAGAUGUACGUAAAGAAUUAGUACUCGAUAGCGUAAGGGGCAGGAACAACCCUACUGUAUUGCAAGCUUGUAUCAACAGUGUCACAGGCACAUUUCAUGUUUUUAAUCAUUUUGCAUGCCAUUACUGUUAAAUUUAUACAAAAAUCAGUAUUUUCAUCAAUCUUGUGCCUGUUACAGUGGCUUGUAUGAACAUAAAGCCCCAUGAAACAACCUCAGACUCUGUACACAAAUUCGAAAGCCUUUUUUGUUCAUAAUUGAUAUGUGAUAGCCGUGUUUUUGUUGUGGCUCUUCUUCACAAAUUUGUAAAUGAAAUGCCUGCUUUUGUAAGUUAUUAUUUAAUAGUUUGAAUUGUGUUAUGGUAUAUAUAUAAGUGUUAUUUAGUCGUUUAAUUUACUAGUUGUUCUUUUUCAUUUUUUUCCAAGUUAUUAAUAUUUUUCUCGUUGUUGGUAUUUUUUUGAAGAUAUUACACCGAGAGGUUAGAAAAUUUCACUGUGUUUAUUAGUGUGCUUUUUUGCCGUACAAUAGGAUAAUCUUUUUUGAGUGCUACCUCAAUAUUCAGAAAAUCAAAGAUCAAAAUAUACUGCAAUUCAGUGUCAUCUUUAAAAAAAAGUAGGAAAAUAUGCAAACCAGAAGUUGGAACAGUCAUCACAUCCAUUUAUCAUAAUGUAUUUUGCCUUGAAAACUUUAGCCCUAUCUACAGAAUAUUUUUGUCCGAUGAAUUUAAGAUUAUUUAAGAACAUUUAACUGUUAGUUUAAAAAAAAAUUGAUCCUGUUUGUAACAUACGAAAAGCCAGAGCCUUUGAAUUGCGGAAUUACACUUGGUGUAAGAAAGUGCAGGCACAAAGAGGAGCAGAGGUAGCUUGAUGUAGAAACACUACUGUGAGGCUGCAGGGUUUGGGUUUGGUUUUUAUUUACUGAUCAAUGUUAAAUGUACUUGGACAAUUUUUUAAUAGUUUGUAUUGCUCUUGAACUGGAAUUUGUAUAGCUUUAAAUAACUUCAGUUUUUGUGCAAUGGAUGGGAGGGGGCAUGAGUCAUUUUGUAGUGAUGUAUUUUUAUACAGAAACAUUUGUACUACUUUUAAUUUUUGGCUGCCUUUUUCAUUUUUUAAAUACGUGUACUUCUGUCAAGUAAGCUCUCUGUGUAAAGGUUUAAAAAAGCUGUGUUGUAUGAAGUAGACUUUUCUGACCCUUUUCUUUUUUAAAUAUGAACAAAUAACAUAUAUAUCUAUCUUGGCCAGCUUUCCUAUUAUGCAUGUAUUUUGGGUUAUUUUGUAUUGUUAUCAAUCAGAAAAAUUCAUAUCAGUCUGUUGUCAAAAAAUUCCAUAAAAAUACUUUGAAAAAAAAAUGUAUACCCCCAAAGUUUUGUUUGGAAAAAAGUGUGCUUCUCAGCUUGAACAUCCACUAGCAUGAAGGUGCCCCAACAUCUGCAUUUUUCUCAUGAUAAUUUGCCAUACGUUGUUAGAUUUUUAUAUUCCCCCUGCCCCAAACAAAAAUUUUUACAUUGCAAUGUUAUUUUGUUAGUGAACAAAGAUCAGCUUCUCAUUUUUCAUUCAUAUAUCCCCCAUCAUGUAGCAAAAGGAAUGUUAUAAACUUUAUUGUUACAGCAUGGUGCUAACUGUUUGACUUGUGUCAUUUUUAGGCACUUUCAUGCUAGUGGUGCUCAACUUUCUCUCUCUUUUUUUAAAAGUAUUGUUGUACUUGAGUGUGUUCAUGAACAUGGAUUAUUUUUCUACAAAAUGCUGUUAAAAUUGUUGUUUUUUGGGAGGUUGUGUUGAAAAUCUUACCACAGUGUCUUCCUUCCUGUGUAAAAGUUAGUUGUUAAGUCUUCAUUCAUUGAUUAGGCCCAGGAAAGCAUGGCAAUGAGCAAUGUUUGGUUGAUUCUCAUUGGGUUUGUUAUUAAAAAUCAUAAUUUGCUUGCCAAUAGAUUGGGUUUCUUAUUGAAUGGGUUAAUCAUUCUUUCUCUGCUGUUGCGUAUGCAAACAUACAAUGAUUUUUGGUUCAAAUUUUCUGCAAGAUCAUGCAUAUUGUAUUUAUUUGGUUAACUUAAUUUUAAUAGAGAAAGACUCAUUAUAUUUUGCAAUUGUCCAUGGUGCUGAAAGCAUCUGAAACUUAGUUCUUUUUGCUUUAUAUGCACAUUUUUUUUCUUGUUGUAACACACUCAGAACCAUUCAGUUGAAUAUUCUGUUCCACAAACCAACCUGGGACUUCUAGAUUCUCUUGUUUGGUGGGACUUGAAGCCUGGAAACUGCCCACCUACUUAAAUAGUAUUAAAGAGUCCCCACUGGCUGGCUCUCUGUACUACAAACGACAGUUU